GGCAUCUUUUCCCAGCAUUAUUAAUAAAAUGUCCUAUCCGGAAAUAUUGUUCUUGGCCUUGGAUUCAGAUAAAUUUUAACCAUGCAACGUUACUUUAGUAUAUCUGUAUAUGUAAGCCUUGAAAGUCAUAAUCUUCCUCUAAGAUUCUUUUGAUACUCUUUUCUUUUUUUCCUCCAUUCUCCUUCGUUCAGCCUUAGCUAUCAAUCAUUACAUCAACCAACUCGUUUUGAGGAAUCUUUAACCUUUUUCUAUGGACUAUUAGUGUCUGUGCUCAUUUCUGCUUUCACACUUGCACUUCGCACCCAUUCUUUGAAGGAAAAAGCCGCUGUUAGUCUUCAUUAAGACUCUGGAGAAAGUGAGCAUAUUAGCUUCUCAUGUGUUAAUUUUCACUUGUGGCAUUUCAUUUUCAAUGGAGUAGUCAUGACUAUUGCUGAGACGCCAGCAAGGCUUGAGGGAAAGUAUAAAGCACUGGUGGUUUGUUGGGUUCUCGGGUUAGGGAACCUUGUCUCAUGGAACAGUAUGGUAACGAUGCUAGAUUACUAUGAUAAAUUGUUUGAGAAAUACCAUCCUACAAGGUCGCUUACCCUUGUUUAUCUAACAUUUGCGCUUGGGGCCAUCGCAAUUCUAGCAUACAAUGAAUCCAGGGUUGAUACUAGACCGAGGAACUUGACUGGUUACACUAUUUUCUUUGCAAGUUCUUUAGCACUCAUUCUUUUGGAUUUAGCCACAUCUGGGAAAGGAGGGAUUGGACCUUUUCUUGGUGUAUGUGCAUUUGUUGCUUGUUUUGGAGUAGCAGAUGCCCUCGUUCAGGGUGGAAUGGUUGGUGACUUAUCCUUUAUGCGUCCUGAACUCAUGCAGUCUUUUCUUGCUGGUUUGGCCGCAUCAGGAGCUCUUACCUCAGCUUUGAGGCUAAUAACAGUCGCAGCCUUUGAAAAAUAUCAUAAUGGUCUUCGAAAUGGAGUUAUGUUAUUUCUUGCAAUAUGCACCUUCUUUGAGUUUCUCUGCAUUCUGCUAUACGCAUUUCUCUUCCCUAAACUGCCAAUAGUGAAGUAUUUCCGCUCCAAGGCUGCAUUAGAAGGAUCAAAAACAGUUUCAGCUGACCUUGCAGCUGCUGGCAUCCAAGCAAAAAUUGAGAAUGAAGCUAUUCAGCAGCAACGGCUAAGCAUUAAGCAACUAUUAUUCCAGAAUAUAGAUUAUGCACUUGACCUAUUUCUGAUAUAUGUGCUGACAUUGUCCAUUUUUCCUGGUUUCUUGUUUGAAAAUACGGGACAUCACCACCGCUUAGGUGACACCUGGUAUCCACUCGUUCUAAUCGCAGCAUACCAGGUGUGGGAGCUAAUAUCAAGAUACAUCCCCCUUGUGAAAUGUCUGAAGUUGGAAUCCAGAAAAUGCCUUAUGAUUGCAACUCUUGCUCGUUUCCUCCUUGUUCCCACAUUCUACUUCACUGCAAAAUAUGCAGAUCAGGGAUGGAUGAUCAUGCUUACUUCCUUCUUGGGGAUCACAAACGGUUAUCUAACUGUGUGUGUUCUUACAGCAGCACCCAAAGGUUACAAGGGACCUGAGCAAAAUGCCUUGGGAAAUAUACUAGUGUUAUGUGCAUUAAGUGGCGUAUUUGCUGGAGUUGCUCUUGACUGGCUAUGGCUCAUUGGUAAUCAAAGCUUUUAAGAAGAAAGGUCUUUAUCUUAUUACCCUCAAGAAAGUUGAUGCAAGCUACAGAACAAGGGGAGCAUGAAAUUGCACUAUAUAGAAGGGAAUAAGGCUGCCUUUAAUGGGGUCAACAGGAAGUUGCCAUCCUCCAUCUCAAUUUCCAAAGAAUGUAUUGUAGAUAAAUCUUAUAACCCUACCCAUCUUGUACUCCUGGCAACCCAUUUCUUUCUUUGUUUUCUUUCAAGUCUGCGCAAUAAGUCAAUAUUUCCAAUCAAUGUGUGAUUAUGAUGUCUAUUGAAAGAGCCAAAUUUACUGU